AUGGAUCGAUACGGGUACACCGCCCCCGCCCGGGUCAACGUGUUGGUGGUCCCCGUCCACGACACCCUGGAGGACGACUUCGCCCGCUACCUCGCCCAGCUACGACCGUGCAACGAGAUCAGGCUCUCCGACGUCCUGGUGGCCUCGACCCUCCACUACUUCAACCCCCAGGCAGCCCCUAACGGCCGCGUCAUGUUCAACUUGUUGACGCUGGCGGUCGACGAGGAACUGCUAUUUCUCCAUGACUUUGAGCCCUUCCGCAAAACGUUCGUGGUUUUGGGAGUGGGGCGUUAUUCUUCGGACCACACACCUUCGACUACUCUCGAUAAGUUGAAAAAACGGUACCCGGGGAUCCCCGUCCACAACUUGGUGCUCUUUGAUGCCCCUACUCAGUCAUCGGAACUGCAAGUGUUCACUUUAACUGACCACGAGCCGCUUACGUCGGCGAUGCUGGUGAUGAACGAUGUCGCCCUGAACUUCCUCCAAGCGCUCGACGGCUACGCCCUGAGCUUUGCUAAUAUCACUCUCCGCAGCCCGGUGCUGAUCAAGAAUAGUCAUACCCUCACCAAGACCAUCAACCACGCCCACAAACGAUUACUGGGUGGCUUCAAACCGCCGACGCUGAACGAACCGUCAAAGCUGAAACUGGCGAUAAGACAUAGUGGACGCCAAGCUAAGCUUAUGGGUAACUUCUUUUUGCUUGCUGGUCGCUACCAGGACGCGCUCGCUUCGUUUACGGACGCAUUGACCCAUUUGAAGAAGUGCGAUGACUUCCUCUGGCUCGGCCUGGCGUUGGAAGGCGUGGGCAUUGCUUGUGUUCUACUCCAAUACAUCCACCAAUCCUACCAGCUACAAAAGAAUAUCAUUUGCAGCGUGCUCCACAUCUCGCACCGUCGGUUCCCUUCCAUCUCAUCAUCAACCCAUACUCCCACAACGCCGCUGUCACCUCAGCCAGAGGGCGUACACGGAUCUCGAAGACCCCUGGUGGACCUGCUGCUGGUGUCGACACUGCCGCGAGUGUCGAUCUCGCUGACCCUGAGCUUCAACGCCGCUGACCUCCAACUGUUGGCGCUUCCCGAAGUCAUCAAACUCGUGCUGUCGAGAGUGGUCCACUACUACCACCUAAGCAUUAACGACCACGAUGAGAACGUUGUCCCCGAUGUCGUCUACGUCGACCUGAUAUUGCGUACCAUCAAGUUUAUGUUGGCGGUGUACCUCGGCGGUAACGAUGUUAAUCCUGAUGUUCUUGAAGCCAUUGUGUGUCUGAGACAGCUUCAACCGAAACCACAACCUGCUUCUUCGGCUUACUUCACUCGAUCGGAUAUCCUUAAUCAAAUCGAAGGGGUGUUUUCCCUACUGAUAGCUGACAUCCAUUUAGUCGAUCAGUGUCGAAUCUACCUGGUGUUGGCGCUGAUGUAUACCGAUUUGGGACUCAAGCGUAAGCGGGCAUUUAUAUUGCGCAUCCUAUUAGCUCGUUUAUUGCUGGAAUUGGAAACCCGUUCCGAUGAUGAUCUCGGCCCUCUUCUGCUGGCACAAUCACUCCACCAAAUAUUCAAGUUUCUAUUUGAUACCUACGCCAUCCCCUACGAGGCGAAAGAGACUCCAAAAAGUUGGGCCCCGCUUCAAAUUCCUUUACUUAAGCUUGGUUUGCGAAUCGGCGAAGCUACCGAUGACUACGAGUUUAGCUUACGUCUAUGCAAUCUUUUACUCUCCAAGUUUACUCACUGUUUAGGUGAAGAGGACCAAGCGAGUAUCAGAGAUAAAGUGACUCGCGUCGUUGGUACUCGCCCGGAUAUGGCGGCCGAGUACUGGGACCCUUACUUAGUCAGAGGGGCUCAGCUCGUGGCCGUAGGUGGUGACGACCGCAUUCCGUCGCCGGAACUCCUUCGUCAAGGACUUGUGGGAUCAUCUCCAGCCAGCCUGAUACCAGCACCCACCAAGACUCCCGAGCCCUUCUUUGAUCCUUACGCCAAGAAGGAGCCAGCGAAGCGAGCCGACCCUGUAUUCAUCAAGGAGGAAGUGUACCAGCUUCGUGUCGAGCUUCAAAACCCAUUCACGUUCCCCAUUUACGUCAACGACAUCACCAUGGUUACUGAUGAACCGGGCAAAGUGAGGACAGUGAAUACGUGUGUGGCGCCACUGGCUCCAGGGACCACGAUGAACGGCAACAAACAUGUUGGUUCUGGAGGACUUUCCAUGGGGGCGAAAGUGAGACCACCGACACAAAUAUCGGCGAAACUGCUUCGCCUGGUGAGUACAUUGCUGAUUGCCAGCGACGAAGUGCCGCAACUGUCUCCGACGCCGGCGUUGGUGGUGCCUCCGCAAUCGACCGAGACGUUUGAAGUGAGCUUUGUGCCGCAAGUGUUGGGCAAAGCGGUAGUUACUGGGUUAUCGGUGACGGUGGCUGGGUGUAAGAGUCAGACGUUUGCCAUUGGCCAUCCCAAAAACGUGGAGAUUACGUUUCGCGUGAUCCCACCCCAACCUAAGCUUCUGCUUACACACAUGCUGGUGGCCAACGGCCUGCUUAUGUUGAUGGAAGGCGAGCGGACGCAGUUUAAAGUCCACCUCUCUAAUUACUCUCAAGAGGUGGUCAACUACCUUCUGUUUAGCUUUUGGGACCUGACCAUCGAGCCCUUAACCACUCAUUUGGAACAACAAGGCACGCAAUUACCGGCGCUGGAAGUGUAUGAACUUGAAUGGCUAUUACUCAAGCAAGGUGGAUUUCGCAUCGUCAAUAAGGAUGAGAUCAUCAAAAACCAUCAAACAAUCGAACCAGGUGAACAAGUGGAAGUACAAGUGGAAGUGGUGGGGAAAAAGAAUAUGCGUAAAGCACGCAUCAUUUUGGAGUACGCCAACAAAGACGGCGGCGAAGCGUCACUUUUACGCUACGUCACCAUCCCGUUAUCAGUGCUGGUAGUACCCCUGGUGGAGAUCUAUUCGUGUGAUGUGCUUCCGCUUUUCCGAGGUGCUUUUGACCAUUAUAAGGGAGGCUAUGGCCAACUCGACCAUAUUCUGACCUUCUUAAAGGAGAACCCGUCGAUUGACCCGCUGGAGUAUUGUGUGUUCAUUGCUGAUAUUCGCAAUCCUCUGGGAGAACGGCUUGAAGCCACUUUCAACUGCCAAUCGCAAACAGGAGUGGUGUCGCUUGAACCAUAUAAGCUGUGGCGGUUCAUGUUCCCGGUGAAGAAGAUCGACGCCAACCUGCUUGACACCGAGGCGACGAUCCCGUCGUUGCGUAAUAAGCAGUUUGUCAAGAACUACAACAUGACUGACGAAGAGGAAAUGCGUAUGCGGUACGUGUUCUGGGUUCGCCAGGCGUUUUUGGAGCAGAUUAGCGGGACCUGGCAAGUCACGUCCAACCCUAGGCUGGGGCUAAUGGAUGCCCGGCAGAUUCGCCUUACACCCAGAAUGGUAGAUACCCUUGUACGCCAACCGUUUAAGGUGGAGUUGUCGAUUGCUGACGGCGAUACUAAUGAGCAACUAACUCAUCACGGCGACAGCGAGUACCUGCUUGAACUCGACAAGUUUUAUUUGAUCCGGGCGGUGAUUACUAAUGAUAGCGACACUACCAUUCAUGGCAUUUUGCGGCACACCCCUCAGGAAGGUACCGGGGCGCGGGCUAGUGAUCGUCGCAUCUUAAUCAACGGUGUGCUUCAACAACCGCUUGGGCCCAAGGGGGUGGCUCCUGGGGAGUCACUUACGCUUGAGUUGGCGUUCCUCAUGCUUGAGCGCGGGGAGUAUACGUGGCAUCUGGUGCUAGAUAUCGUCGGCCACGAGCUGGUGGUGAGCUUUGGUGUGGCUUUGGUGGCCAAGUAG